GGACUUAUUUAGGGCCACUCAGCCACCACACGCCCAGCCCAACGAACCACCGCCUUCUGAUAUCGCCGGCACCGCACACUUUCCAUUAACUGAUCAGCUGUGAACUGAAGUCGAGAUUGAAUGAGCGGUGCUUCCACAUCUGGCAGCUUAAAAGUUGCAUUCUCACAUUGUGUACAGCAAGUCAGAAACUAUGACUACCAUCACUACCUCUGCCUUCUUGAGCUACCUACAAAUAUGCGUCGAGCUGGUUUUGCUCUUCGUGCCUUCAAUGUUGAAACGUCCAGGGCAAUGGAUGUUGCUUCCGACCCCAAGAUUGGGUUGAUGCGACUUCUUUGGUGGCAAGAUGCCAUUGACAAAAUCUUCAAGAACAAAGUAAUUGAACACCCGACAGCCCAGGCGCUUGCAUCUGUCAUAAAUGAGCAGAAAGUCAGCAAGAGCUGGUUGAAGCGGUCUGUUGAGGCUCGUAUAAAUGAUGCUCAAAGAGAUGUUGAUGAUAUCUAUCAAACAAUAGAAGAGUUGGAGAAAUACGCUGAAGAUACGUCUUCUACUAUUCUGUAUACAACGCUUCAAGCGGGUGGUAUAACAUCAACUGCUGCAGAUCAUGCAGCUUCACAUAUUGGUAAGGCAAGUGGGCUUCUUUUGCUCAUUAAGUCACUUCCUUACCAUGCCAACCGUAACCGCCAGUUUUCUUAUAUACCCGUUAAAGUGGCGGAAAAACAUGGGUUAUUACUUAAGCAAGGAGAGAGGUUAGAGAUUAGAACAAAUUCACGUGAGAGGCUUAAUGAUGCAGUUUUUGAUAUGGCAUCUACGGCUAAUGCCCAUUUACAGAAAGCUCGGGCCUUGGCUGAAUCGGUCCCCAAAGAGGCGCGAUCGAUACUUUUGCCUGCUGUGCCAUCACAGGUAAUUCUGGAUUCUUUGAGUCGUGUGGGGUUUGAUGUGUUUGACCCUAGGCUAAAUCGUGGGAUUUUGGGCAUUCCUCCAUUGAUGUUUCAGCUAAAACUGAAGUGGCAUUCAUGGCGGGGUGUAUACUAAUGAUUUUAGUUUUGUUUCAUUUUUGCUGAUUAAUAACAAAGGCAUUAGGUAUUCUAUUUAUAGCACCAGAUACGAGUGGAGCGCAUUGUAGUUCAUUCGUAUGAUGCUCAUGAUUUUGUACCAAAUGUUGUUUAUGUUGGAUCUCUCAUUCACUGACAUAUAUUGAAGGGAGCAUGUUAUUUUUCUGUGA